UGAAAAUUACUGUGACAGCUUGGUUCCAUGCCGCUAUUAACAAAGGAGGGGGAACCCAUUGUUAUAUGAUGAAUAUGCUUCCAUUGGCUACAGUUAUCCGGAAAUUUCUUGGGAAUCUGCUAGUAUUCUUAGAACUGCUUGUUGAAGUCAGCACAAGUGAUUCACCUGCCUUCAUGAGAUGCCCUCAGGCUUGCAUUUGUACUGCUGAUCUCUUGAGCUGUGCUAGACAGGAGCUUCACCAGAUCCCUGUCACACUGCCCCCUACAGCCACCACCUUGGACCUCAGCCACAAUGCCAUUACUCACCUUCAUGACCACUGGCUGGCCACCUUACCACGCCUUCACACCCUCAGGAUCAGCCACAAUCAGAUCAAUGACCUCUCGCAGCAGGUGUUCCACAAUGCCAUUUACCUUGUGCACCUGGACAUGUCUUCCAACCAUCUGCACGCUGUCAAGAAGCACUACUUUGAAAACCUUGUGAACUUGCAAGAGCUAUUGCUAUACAAUAACAAAAUUGUAGAAGUAGACGGAAAUGCAUUCGUCAAGCUCAUCAGUUUGCAAAAGGUCUAUCUGAGCUGGAAUCGGAUAGCUAAAUUCCCAUUCAGGUCCAUUCAAGGAUUCAAACACACUCACCUGAGGACCCUUGAUCUUUCUGCCAACAAUUUAAGCAGCAUCCCUGUUGAAGUAAUAGCAGCCUUGCCUGUCUACAUAAAAAAUGGUUUAUAUCUUCACAACAAUCCCGUGAAAUGUGAGUGCUCUCUCCAUCAGAUGCUUCAAGAAUGGAAACAUCGUGGCUUCAAUUCCGUGCAGGAUUUCACCGAAGAGCAUACCUGCAAAGCCUAUAGCAACGUUCCACGAUCUAUAGUCAAUACCUUCAAGUACAAGUAUUUUGAAAACUGCUCCAGAAGCCUAAAAGAACUGAGUAUUCCAGAGAUUGCCUGCAAAGUGGGAGUAUCCUUAGUAAUUCAUUGCAACACCAGCCUUCAUGACGACAAUACCACCGUCUAUAGGUGGAUCUCUCCCAAGCAUGAAUUGUUCAUGUACCCUGAGCACAGCGAUGAGACACACAAAGUUUUACAAAAUGGAAGCCUAAAGAUUACAAAUGCCAAGCUUUUGCAUUCCGGUGUUUAUGUGUGCGUAGCUAUCAGCGAGCACCAAAAGAUCAACACAACUUACGAAGUCAACAUCACAGUCCAGCACCCCAAAUUGGCUGACCCUUUCAACACUGGCAUCACAACCCUCCUAGGGUGCGUUGUCAGUUUGUUACUGGUCCUCAUGUACUUGUACCUCACGCCGUGUCGCUGCUCCAAGUGUUUCAAGAAGCCUGCAAGUGCUCCUCAAGACUGCAGUGCCCAGUCAUCCAUACUAAGUACCACCCCACCAGCCACAGAAGGGCCGAAUCGCAAAAUCAGCACAAACAAGCAUGUUGUUUUCCUAGAGCCCAUCAAGGAGGCUCAGAACGGCAAGGUCAGACUGGCUGUUGGCGAGAACUUUCCUGAUGCUAAAAGCCCCAGGCUCCUGCCGCUUAAGUUGGACUCUGAAUCCAUCAGUUCAGUCUUUUCAGAUCACCCUAUCAUGUCCUUUGAAGCAGAAGAGCUGUCACGGGCAGAUGGGUAGCAAGCAAUCCCCAAGAUGGCUUCUCUAAGCCACUCACAGCAUGGUUAAAAACUGAAGCAACGCUCCAUGCAGGGAGGUUACUAGCCCUGCUCAAGAUGACCACUUCACAUUCUUGGAUAUGUGCAGUCAGCCACGUAAGUGAGAGAAACUAUCAAAGUUAAUUGUGCGCUUGAACCAGGUUAACAAACUGUUUUAUUUAGCUGAAAUACCAAAUGUGCUG